CACCCAACCCCACCCCACCCCUCCCUCUCUCUUUCUCGAAAGUUGAUCGUACCAAAACGAAAUCCAAUUCAAUAUCACUGCUCUUUGAAUUUUUAAGCUUUUUUGGUUUCAAAAAAAAAAAUUAUGGCUUCUCGAAGGCGGAUGCUUCUCAAGGUCAUUAUCCUCGGCGAUAGUGGGGUGGGGAAGACAUCUCUGAUGAACCAGUAUGUGAAUCGCAAGUUUAGCAACCAAUACAAGGCCACAAUUGGAGCUGAUUUCUUGACAAAAGAAGUUCAGUUUGAGGAUAGGUUGUACACAUUACAGAUAUGGGAUACAGCUGGGCAGGAAAGGUUCCAAAGCCUUGGCGUGGCUUUCUACCGUGGAGCAGAUUGUUGUGUUCUAGUGUAUGAUGUGAAUGUCAUGAAGUCAUUCGAGAACCUUAACAACUGGAGAGAAGAAUUUCUGAUCCAGGCCAGCCCAUCUGAUCCUGAGAACUUUCCAUUUGUUGUAUUGGGGAAUAAGAUAGAUGUUGAUGGUGGCAAUAGUCGAGUGGUGUCUGAGAAGAAAGCCAAGGCAUGGUGUGCUUCCAAGGGGAUACCUUACUUUGAGACCUCCGCAAAAGAGGGAUUCAAUGUGGAUGCAGCUUUCCAGUGUAUAGCUAAAAAUGCUCUGAAAAAUGAACCUGAAGAAGAAAUAUACCUUCCCGAUACUAUUGAUGUUGCUGGAGGAAAUCAACCAAGAUCAACAGGAUGUGAAUGUUGAAGAUUUCCUUUGGUUGCAUUAUUCCAUAGACUGCUAGUGCAAGUUCCCUUGAUCUAAUGAUUUAUUUACUACAAGACGGUUCAAUUCUCUGUAUUUGAUUUUAGAUUCCGGACUCCUCUCUUCGGAAGUGUAAUUAUGAUGUUGCACCUUAAUUUUUUUCCUCCUGGUAUACUUAUUGAUGUUUCAGACUCUAUAAUGAUACAUGAUAAUGUACUAUUCAUGAUCCAUUCACUUGACUACAUGUUUGACCUAUUUUCACCUGA